CAGCUGAUGGCGUUUGUGGCAGAAGAGAGGAAACGCUACAAGGUCUACCCGCCCCCGGAGCAAGUCUUCACCUGGACGCGGAUGUGUGAUAUCAAGGAUGUGAAGGUUGUCAUUUUGGGACAAGAUCCGUAUCAUGGACCUAAUCAAGCUCACGGGCUCUGUUUCAGUGUCCAGAAGCCUGUUCCACCUCCCCCCAGUUUAGAAAAUAUUUACAAAGAACUGUCUACGGAUAUUGAGGAUUUCACUCAUCCUGGUCAUGGUGAUCUAACUGGCUGGGCUAAGCAAGGAGUGCUCCUGCUCAACGCUGUCCUGACGGUGCGAGCUCACCAGGCCACCUCGCACAAGGAGAGGGGCUGGGAGCAGUUCACGGACGUGGUGGUGUCCUGGCUCAACAAGAACUUGCACGGAGUUGUCUUCAUGCUUUGGGGAGCCUACGCCCAGAAGAAAGGCAGCUCCAUUGACAGGAAACGCCACCACGUCCUGCAGACGGUUCAUCCCUCCCCCCUCUCUGUCAACAGGGGGUUUUUUGGCUGUCGGCAUUUCUCCAAGACGAAUGAAUUGCUGAAGAAAUCAGGCAAGAAGCCCAUCGACUGGCGAGCGCUCUGAGCUGCAGGAGAGGCUGUGGUGUCUCCUGGUUGGAAACUGCCCCUGUUUCAGGGGUUGUCUCAUUUCUGAAAAACUUCUGCUGA